AUGGCAUUGACCAAUCAGCCGGCAUGUUUGAUAGUGUUCACUGCGCCAUUGAGUCCGAACUUCAACCAUCAUUUGAGGGCCACGGAUCGUUCCAUAGAUAACUCACCGAUGGAUGACCAAAGCGAUAAAGAGAUUCUUAUAUGGACCGAGCUCCAGGUCCCCAAAGAUUUGGAACUAGAUCCCUAUUUCCAGCUACUCCUCGGGGCCCCCGGACACGAGGGGUCGGGGUGUGGAAGAGUUCAGGAGCGCCCGGACACAAUUAUUUUGUUAACAGGUAAUUCAUGCUUCGACUCGGCCCCAAAAACCUCGAGCAUAAGGGAUAUCACAGCCUCGCCUUCCGCACAGCUCUAUCGGGAGAAUCUUAAGAGUGGAGGAAUAAUACACAUUUAUUCUCGCGAGACACGCUCUAAAUUUUACUGGAUCAACACCUUCCUAAAAUCAUAUGUUCAAUUGGUCUGGGUCUACUUUCCGACACCUAUAACCAAAGCUCAGGAGGCCCAAAUUUUGAAGCUCAAAGGCAGUCGUGAACCGGCCCACUCGAUUAGCUGCCAAGACUUUCGCGACGAAAAACGUCAACUCCAUUAUCCUUUAAAGCUAUGGGCCACCGGUAUAGAAUACGUGCAUGGCCAAGAAGCUCAGUUGAUGCUAUGGCCACAUUUCUGGCGGGAUGCAGAGGCGGCUGAGUACAGGCACGUAGGGAAAUAUAGCACGCGUGGGUACCCUAUAGUCGGGGGCAGAACACUACUAGAGAAGCUCGGUGAUAAUUUGGAGAAAGUGGGAUCUAUUGAAUGGAAGGACGAGUUCAUUGAUUUCAAGCCAAUUACUGGCGUUACGAUGGAGUUCCCGUGA